GAUGAAGAAUACAUCUUUGAUUGGAGGAAACUUUGUAAGAUGUAAUAUGAAUGGAUCAGAAUUUGAAAAUGUGGAUAUCAGUGUAGUCAAUUUUAAUGGUGCUUUUGGAAAUGGAAGAACAUUAAGAUCCAUCUAAAGAACUAUAUGCAUCAGGAAAAUAAAAAUUUUCAUUAAAUAGACAUACUAUAUGGGUUUAUUUGGUAUGCUUCUCUCUAGAUUUUUAUUGGAUGACAAGAGAGUAGUAUACUGA